AAACCUCUUCUCAGAAGAGUCAAAGUAAAACAAUAAUUGACUGGGAUUGACAAAAAGUCUUAGAAUAGCCAUGGUUAAAGACACAAAAAGAAUUUGGCUAUUUCUCUGGUAUACAAUGAUUUAUAUAAUAAUUACAGUUGCUACUGAUAACAUAUACCAAGACAUAUCAGAAUUUUAGGAAUCUCAUGCAAUUUUGGAACACGUAUAUUAUUAGUAGCACAUUUACAUAAAUGUAACUCAGAGAGAAUUAAAUAACAUUUCAUAUUUGACAAUGUUUCUGAUGCAAUUUAAAUAUACAAAAUCCUACUAUGUCUCUCUUGGACUUUCAGGGGCCCUCAUCAAAAUGUCAGUUUGAUGUAAUUUGAAAUUUUGAUUUUGGAAAGCUUUCAAAUAUCAAAGGCUUAAGAGUCUUGCUUAAUACGAAAUCAUAGGUCACUAUAAAGUGAUGGUCAUUUAUUUCACCAAGAGUGAUAGUCAUCAAAAGAUUUCAAGGAAUAUGCAGGAAUUUAAAUGAAGGUAAAAACCUUAACCCUUCUAAAGUGCAGGGGGGUUUUAGUUAAUCAAAAACUUAAUAAAGAUAAAUCACAAAUUAUCUUGAUAAAGCAUAUAAAAUCUUUGUUCUGUUAGGCCAGUUUCCCAAAGGGCAAAGAAAACUGUAGUACAAUUGUUUCUUUUUCUGAGAAACCGAUUUAGACACCUUGAUACUUAAAGUUGAUUUUUUAAAAAGGGGGAGAGGGGCCUACUAUUAAUCAGACACAGCAAGGGUGUGUCAGGGUCCUGAUGGCACAGCAGAUUAGAGAGACAGGAAUGUGAAUAAGGUAAACUGUACCUUCCUAGGGGAACAAUUGACUCUCUGCAAACCAUGAGAAGUUUUUUGACCAUAGUAAGUACUUCAGACAUCAAGAAAAGCCAGUAUAAAUUAAGUUAUACUGUAAAAAACUAUUUUUCUAAUCCUUUAAUAUAAAACAUUUAGUGGCAGGCCUUAACAACGGAGUUAGCAACGGUGGGGCGGGAGCAGGAGCAAAGAAAGUGCUAAAGCUGAUGUGUUAAAAGUAUUUUACUCUGUUAGGGACUGGUUGGGAACAUAAAUGCCCUCUAUGUGUUUCCGGGUAUCCACCACAAAAGAAAUUCCGUUCAAAUUUACCUACUUAAUGUAGCCAUUGCAGAAGCCUAUUCAUAUUCUGCCUCCCUUCUGAAUAAGGUAUCACACUAACCAAAGCAAGUGGACGCUAGCUGUGAUUCUGUGCAAGGUUGUGGCAACACUGUUUUAUAUGAACAUGAACAUUAGCAUCAUUUUGCUUGGAUUCAUCAGUUUGGAUCGCUACAUAAAAAUGAAUAAGUCUAUACAACAACAGAAGGCAAUAACAACCACACAAAGUAUGUUUGCUGUGCAGUAUACAGUCGUGCUUGCUGGAUUUUUAACCAUGAUUAUUUUAACACUUAAGAAAGGAGGACAUAAUUCCAUAAUAUGUUCCCAUGAUCAAGAUAAGCAUAAAGCAAAAGGAGAAGCAAUUUUUAUCUUCAUUCUUGUGUUCAUGUUUUGGCUAAUUUUCCUACUAAUAAGGUUUUCAUAUAUUACGAUUGAUAAGAACCUAUUCAGGAUUUCUAAAUGGAUGUCAAAAUUUCCUAAUUCUGGUAAAUAUGCCACUACAGCCCACAAUUCCUUUAUCGUACUUAUCAUUUUCACUGUAUGUUUUGUUCCCUAUCAUGCCUUUCGAUUCAACUACAUUUCUUCACAACUAAAUAUAUCAUUUUGCUACUGGAAGGAAAUCGUUCACAGAACCAAUGAGAUCAUGCUGGUUCUCUGAUCUUUCCAUACCUGCUUAGAUCUAGCCAUGUAUUUCCUGAUGUCCAGUAACAUUGGCAAAAUAACGUGCCAACUUUUUUAGACAAGUUCAAGGUGAAGCAAGCAGGAGUAAAAGGACUUCAAAAUUUAAACCAGGAUACUCCUUGCAAGAUACAUCUGUGGCCCCCCAAAUGCAGUUUAUUUCUAAAAGUACUUCAGGUAAACAUACUAUAUGAAUGAUACAAUUAGCCUCUUAAUUUCUUAAAGAACUAAAUC